GUUCUGGUCCUGAUGAGGCUGUGGAUGUGAAACCAUCUGCUCGGAUCAACCGGCAUUCAGUCUUCUGGAUCCUGGCCUCUGUCUCUCUCACCUACUAUCUGGAUUUCUUCUCUGUCCUUCUGAACCACAGUGACAUUCACAGCUGGUGGUUUAGCGUGGCUCUGGUUCUGCUGGCGCUGUGUGUGUCUCUGGCGUUGUUCUGUAUGGUGUAUCUGGAGUGGUUCAGAGGAAUCCAGCAGUAUGAUCAGGAGUAUCCAGCCGUCCCCGCCGUCUCCACCGCAGCCUUCAUCGCCGCCUCCUGCAGCUUGAACAUCGCUCUGUGGCCCGUCUGGUCGUUCUUCACUCCAGUGAUUCUGUUCACUCAGUUCAUGGGUGUGGUGAUGCUGAUCUCACUGCUGGGCUGAAACACACAGUGUGUGUGAGUGUGUGUGAGUGAUGAGUGUGUGUGUGAGUGCGUGCGUGAGUGUGUGUGUAUUAAACACAUCAGUUCUGAUCAACAGCAGCUCACUGAAUCAUGACCGGAGUCUCCGUGUGCCUGUAACGAAGCCGACGCCGACAGAUAGAGAGGUCAGCUGAUCGGUCUCUGACCUCUGACCUCUGCUUUAUUCCAGUGCCGAGGACUCGCUUUAAUGAACAAUGAGACAUUCAGCAGCAUCUGACGUCUCCGAUCAACAGCCGCUCAUAUUUUGUUUAAGGGUUUCCUGAACAUCAGCCCGACGGAGGUGAACAAGAGGUUUUCUUUGAGGUCCUGUAGACUGCUGAUUGCAGUGUUUUCUAAAAAUGCAAAUUGCUUUACUUUACCUUCCAAACACACCGUUUUAAACGGUUCACUAAAGAUACUUGGCACUUGUGUUUUACACCCUAAUGUUCGUCUGUAACUAACCAAAUACAUGAACUGAUGAAAUAAAGACGUUCUGUUUUUUGAGGUGCUCA